GGAUUCCUGACCGUAAAGUUGAGCAAGGUCCUGUUCGCGCGUGGCGGCGUGCUGGACACGUUCGGUUCGGCGGCGGCGAAGGUCGAAGCAUCGGUGUCCAACGAUAUGGCCGAGGCGCUCAUCUUAACCGCAGACAGCCUCCAGGGCGCAGUCCCCGCCAAGGAGGUCCAAGAGUAUUCCUCCCUGGCAGUUACUAAAUUUCUGUCGCAUCGAGUUCCUUUGGCGAAGACCGUGAAGCUCGCUAUCCAGGACAGUGACGGCGACACAGUGGAAUACAAUGUUUCUUGCGUUGCGCUUUUAUGGGCCCCUUUCUUCGCCGACGCGCAGAAGAGCCUCGCCACCUUCAACGAGUUCGCGUCGAAGAUCGUUCCCGUCGAAGGGUUGACCAGCGAGAACAGAGAGUCGGCGGUCACAUCCAUAGCGGACCUCUUGACAGAGUGCAAGAAGGUCUCGGACAGCCGCCGAACGGUUGACAACUUCAAGAAGCAGGUCGACGAGGCCAAGGCAGCCGGCGCGGAGAUGCAGCAGAUGCAGGGCGUGGACACAGUCUACUUUGCCAUUGACGUCAUGUGCGACCGGGCGACCAACGCCUUGAGUGAGGCGGCGAAUCAGCUGUUCAACAAGAUGAAGGCCACCGUCUCAGAGCUUCUCGAGAAGAUCGGCGACCUUGAGAAGUACUUGGCCCGGCUCGACGACUCGAGCACGACCGUCGCCAAGUCGGACCGCGAGGAGCUGUACAAGUUUGUGUGCACGCAAGAUACGAGAGCCCUGUACCAAGAGUUCAGGUGGGUGAGCGACAACACUGCAGAACUUCGCAAGAUGCUGGCGGAGUUCAACAACGGCGAGCCCAUGAUCAACUUCGAGACGGACGAGGUGUUCCAGCGCGCGGGGAAGCUUGCGGCCAGCAGCACAAUGAUGCAGUCCUUCUGGAGGCCCUUGAAACCAGAGGAAAGCCGAACCACCUUGGUCAGGCGGUGCGUGCGGGCUCUGAAUCCAGAUGUCCGCGGGGUCCUGAUGAAGCCUCACGCGUGCGUGCAGCAGGCGUGCUCCAAUUUGUCGGCCGUCACCGACGACGCAGAUGACAAACCUGCGGAGGACAGACCUGCGGAGCAGGUCGAGCCCGCCGCCGAGGAGGUCGUUGUGGUCGAUGCUGAGGCGGCGACCAGGCGCCGCAGCAGCCAGGGCAGCCAGGGCGGCGGCGCCCCCAAGCGGCCCAAGGCCCGCAAGUGA